AGGAAUAUUGCAUGCGCAUUUGAGAUGAAGGCGUGCCCGCGUCUUCAACAAUGGCAGGCACGAGCGACAGAAGUACGCCUCUGCAGGCUCAGGAGACAGCCCAACUAGAAGAGCAUCUGCAGGGAUGGAGAGAGGUGAUACUAGCCGUGGAUCAGGUGCUACGAUGGCAGAAGCCGUGGUUCCCCUUGGCAGUGAUUGGGUUCACCACCGCAGUCUUUUUAUCACUGUAUUACCUGGACCCAUCAGUCCUGACAGGAGUGUCGAGUUGUGUCGUGAUAUUGAGCCUUGCUGACUACCUGGUCCCCAUCAUUGCUUCGAAAAUCUUUGGAUCAAGCAAAUGCAAAGCCACUGAGCAGCAGCGCUUCCAUGAGAUAUGCAUCAGCCUGGUGAAGACAUACAAUCGACUCCUGGCAUUCUGCAGAGGCUUCUUCAGCUUCAAGGACAGGAGACCAAAGACAUAUUUCAUCCUGGUAAUUGGCACUCUGCUUGUGAUGGCAUGGGUUGGCCAGCAGGUCCAUAACCUUCUGCUCACCCACCUGAUAGUUACCUUCUUCUUGCUUCUCCCUGGAGUGAUGAUCUGCGUAUCUAAGUACACAGGAAUGGUGAGGAGACUUUUCAGACGAGGCAAAAAGAAAGACUGAAAACCCUGACACUCCAUUUCCGCCGCGGAACCAAGUUUGUUCGUUUUUUUUGGCCCAAUGUCACAAACAAGAAUGUCGCUAACAUUUCUGUAUAUGACAUUGCAAUCAUGUACAAAGCGAUAUCUGUCAUUGAUGUCAGUGCUGACCGUAGGCACACUGUAGAGGAAGUAUAAGCAUCUCUGCUUCCUGGUAUGCACCUGGUGGCUCUAUGGGUGCAUUCCAAAAUGCACACUCCUAUCCUCCACUUGUGCUUGUGGCCUCGCCCUUCCUCAUGGCUCCACCUCCGUGGAGAAAACAAUAAAGUUUUGAGGGAUUGUUUUUCAUUCACCAUCCCAAUUGCAAAUGAGAAAAUGACAUUAGAAUCGUGCUUCUGCAAGAUAUUGAAUUAAUGUUCUGUCGUCAUGAGGUCAGAAGCAGGCAAGGGAGCAAGGGAGGACGGGAAUGUGCAUAUUGGAAUGCACCCUCUGUGUUUGCUUCAUCAGUGUUCAUGUUAUGGCUUUGAUAUGAAAAGUUCAUAUGAACAGCUGUCAGUUUUUACAAGUAUUCAAAAUGUAUGCUUUUUCAAUUGUGCAUUCCAGGUACAACUAGUCAACUACAGUUGUAAUAACUGGCAACAACAAGAACUGCUGUUUCAUGUGAUACAAAAUGCAACAUUUUAGGGAAUGAUUUUAAAAUAACUUAUUAAAAAAAACGGGCACAGUUUUAUGCACUAGAAGUCUUGACACGUACACAACAUUCACUGGUGUUAGUUGGCUUUUGGCCUUAUAAAUUGAAGCAUUUUAUUUUUUGAGCACUGCAGUAUUCAGCAUGGCAUGUGUCACAGACUGGCAGUUUCAGUAGAUGCACACACGUACCAGCCCCUUGUUCACACAUUCCUACUCUGAGUGGCACAUCCAGGCUUUGUUGUUUAUAACAAUAAUUACAUGUAUUUAUUAUUUGUGCUGUUUUUUUUGGUACAGGUAUAUUAUGUAAGAACGGCUCUUACAAUAAAACACGUUUGUC